AUGGACACAAUCGUACUUAAGAAUCAUCAUCAUCAUCACCACCAUAACCACCAUAACCACCAUCAACCACCACUACAGCUGCAUCACAUCGACCCAACACAACAACAACUGCAACAUAAUGCUAACAUAUCACGGAGCAGGCCAUCUAGACUAAUAAAAGAUAAGGAGAAGGAAAAAGACAAAGAUAAAGAGAGCAAUGGAAAAUCCCAUAUUGUCAACGGCGAGACUUUUGACGCAGAAUACCUCUACGGUUGGCAACUUAGUUGGAAACAGAUCAUUGCCAAUUCCGUGAUUUAUUUAGAUGGAAGUACAGGCUCUACUCGGCGCUCAGACGGUAACAAUUCCAAAGAAGGUUCUAUCACUGAAGGAAAUAAUAGUACCGGUAGCGACGAAACUGUGGUGCUGCCUGCGGGACGCGAUAAGACCAGAUCACAACUCAAGAUACAUUGUUUCCACUACCAUGCUCGGGUAGUUGAUUUCUUUAAUGCCAAUGAAGUGACAUUGAUUAUCACGCGAAGAACAUUCGAUCCUCAAGCCAAGUAUCAACCAAAUGAUAUCUUUUAUCACAACACCAAGAUUCGUAUUUGGAGCUUUGACAAAGCAGUGAAGUUUUUCGCAAGAUUAAGCACAAAAAUUGAAUUGCAAGAAUUAUCAAGGCCAAAGAAAAACGUUAUCAGUUAUAGAUAUCUAAAAGCGAACGAAAUUAAAAGAUUCGAACAAGUUAAGAUUGAAAAUGUCGAUGGUCAAAAAGAAGAAUCUACAGACGCGGCGGCUACAGAACAAGAGAAUGUCGAGAAUGUUGAGAAUGAAGUGAAACCAAAGGAAGAAAAAGAGAAACCAGAGAAACCUCUUCAGAAGAGCGUCACUCCCUUGAACAACACAAGCGCUAUUGCAAAGAAACCAGAUCUAAAAAUCAUGUACGUUUCCCCUAGCGAUAUACAUAAUGAUAAUAGAAUGUCAUUGAUUAAAAGUCUACGCAAGUCUAGUCAAACAAAGAAGAUAGCUCAAGCGCCACCUCAAAAACAAAAGCAAAAACUUAAUUAUCAACAACAAGUGUUCAAGAUGAUCAAGUCCCAAAAAGCCCAAAACCACCAUUACCAGGUGGCUCCACAAAAGACAUUUUCUCGAAAUCUGGGUUAUAAGUCAAUUUAUCCCAAUAAAUCUUCAUCAUAUCAAACUAAUGACAAAUUGGCAACCCUUUUGUCUAAGGAAAAACUUUAUGGUCCAACAGAUCGUGAUAUGACCAUUCGACAACACGAUUUUGUGUACUUUGAACAUCCAUUUGUUUUUUUUCAUGAUCUCAAACAACAGUACCGUCCAAUUGUUACCAAAGAAUGGCCUACCAAAGGAUUUUCGAAUUUGGCGAUCGAUGCUCCUUGGGCGAGAAUCUAUCCUUCUGUGGAUGGCAGAUGCUUAUUUUUGGCAGAUAGUUUUGAUCCCGAGCACCCAACGAUUAUAAAACGAAGAAAAGUGAUGUUCGAAAAUCGUAAAAAGUUUAGAACAAAGCUUAAGAAAAUGUUUUGCGAUGAAGAAAAACAAAAUGACAAAGAUUUACAGAGGUUCAAUUAUUAUGAGGAGGUUUUGGAUGAGUACAACGAGUAUAGCUCUAAAUUAUCGAUUCAGAGAUUACCGACACUGACUAAAGCUGCUGUUAUUAGUACCACCAUCUCUGAUAAGCAUGAUCAACCAGUUGCUUCAACGCAAGUGGAUAUCAAUGCGAUCAACUCCAACAAGAGAUCAUUCUAUGAAAUGAACGCGUCAGGAAUCACCCAAAGUAAUAGUCAGCUGGUAUUUGCUACCAGUACUACCUUGGGUGGGAGCAAAUUGGGAUUGAAUGGUGGUAACGGAUUGGGUCCUAUCCAUUCUCAUGUUGCCUCCAAAGAAUUCAAGAGUUUGAAGAAGAGAAUUUAUGAAAAAACAGAUGAUGACAAAGAAAACCAACAAAAGAAAACAAAGGAAUCGCAAGCUGAUGAGGCGAAUGUCGCUGAUACCAAGAGCAUUACCACCAAGAUUAUCAACAAGAAAAUCGAGCCUUGUGUGAACCAGAAUAAUAAUGAAAAAAAGGAGAAAAAUGACGAGCAGCCAAAGAAUGGAGGGUACUGUGAGAAUUGUCGGAUCAAGUAUAGUGAUUUUUCCAAACACAUAUUGGAGGCCAAGCAUCGGGAGUUUGCUAAAGACGAUAAGAAUUUCGAGAAGAUUGAUCGUUUCAUCAGUUAUUUGCAAAAGGAAGCGUAUUAG